CGAAAUCCACGCCAAUUUCUUCAUUAAAAUCGAGUCAAAUCCUGUUUUCUUUGAGGCAAGAUAAGUGUUGUGCGCUGGAGCUUCAAUUGAGUUCACAAAUCAAUUCUAAAUCAAAGUAUCUGCAAGAGACCUCGCCAUCAUGUCUGCCGUACCAGAAGGACUUCCUCCUAGUUAGUGUUCCUCCCAUUCUUACUUUGCGCCUUCUCUUUCCUGGUAAUCAAGGAAUCCCUCCCAAUGUUCUGGGAGAACCUGGUGAUUGGGAAUUUUUUGAAACAGAGGAAUGCAAUGAGAACCUUACUAACUGCAUCACUUCCACAGUGGAAUACAGAUUCCUAGGCCGUUCAGGUCUUCAAGUUUCUGCCCUAGGCCUCGGAGGAUGGCUCACCUACGGAGGACACGUUGAGAAUGGUAUUUCUACCCCUCGAUUCCCUCAAUAUUUUGAGUGAUUGGGUGCUUGACUAAUUGGUCUUAGAAAACACCUUUGCUUGUAUGAAAGCUGCCUACGAUAUUGGUAUCAACUUCUUCGAUUGCGCGGAGGGUUACGCUGGCGGAGAAUCCGAGAGGGUGAUGGGACAAGCAAUCAAGAAAUUUGGAUGGAAGCGAAGUGAUCUUGUGAUCUCCACGAAGGUAUGUUCAAAACCCCAAUCCUUAUUAGCAUCCCCUCGCUGCAAUCGCAAGGCAAAUCCCAAGAUUCACUUCCAAGCAACACAACGAAGGAAGGGUAAGAAACAUAGCUAAUCGUUCUACGCACCCAAGAUCUACUGGGGAAUGGCCAAUGGCGAAAACCGCGUCAACAACGUCGGUCUCUCCCGCAAGCACAUAAUCGAAGGCACGGAAGCCUCACUCGAGCGUCUGGGCCUCGCAUACGUCGACCUCAUCUACGCCCACCGCUCCGAUCGCAAUACGCCCAUGGAAGAAGUCGUGCGCGCCUUCAACCACCUCAUCACAACGGGUAAAGCCUUCUACUGGGGAACCUCCGAAUGGGACGCCGAUGAGAUCGCCGACGCCUGGCGUGUCGCCGAUCGACUGGGCCUCGUCGGUCCAGUGAUGGAACAACCGAAUUACUCCAUGUUGGUGCGCGAGAAGGUGGAGAAGGAGUUUGCGCACCUCUACGAGACUACCGGGUUGGGACUUACCACUUUCUCGCCGCUCAAAUACGGUAUCCUUACUGGUAAAUACAAUGACGGCAUUCCCGCGGACUCGAGACUCGGAGCCAGUGAUGACAACUUCGUCAAGGGAUUCAACAAGAACGUCGGUGAUAAGAAGUGGAACAAGGAAAUUGAGAUUGUGCGUAAGCUCAAGCCUAUUGCGGAGAAAUUGGGUAUCACUCAAGCGUGUCUUGCUCUGGCGUGGGUGCUUAGGAAUCAGAGGGUUAGCUCGGCGAUUACGGGCGCUAGUAGGGUACAGCAGGUUUAUGAUAGUGCGCUUGCUUUUGAGGCUGUGAAGAAGUUGACGCCGGAGAUUGUUGAGGAGAUUGAUGCCAUUUUGGGGAAUAAACCUGCGGAGUUUAUUAGAAGGUUUUAGGUCUUUGCGUGGUAAAAAAGUGUUGCUGCAUGGGAAUUGGUGCUCUAGAUGGUCUAGAGAGUCAAAACUACCUAGGUAUGCGAGUAACUCAUCUUGUAUUGGGUACACGCAUACAUGGAGCUUUUUCAAAGAUGUCGAAACAUAAACCCACCCACCGACGGUGAACUACUGCACCGAAGUGCUAGUCCCUUCCCGCUACUUCUCUCUAACAAAACACGAUAUUUACUUAAAUUCCGAUACCCACCUCACAUCGGUGAUUCAAU